AUGUUCGGAAAAUCAAAGAAGACAGUUUCCGUGGCAUAUAAAGAAAAGCUUCUAGCGGAAAUCGCUCACUAUGAGAAACGCAUAGAAGAUGCGUUGAAUAAGCGAAAGCAGAAUUCCUUUGAAGAUGAAAGCUUUGGAGAAGAUGUGACCAACCCAUACAAGUUCAAGCUCCAACCAUCGCAGUAUGAGCUGAGGCAGCACGAAGCCAGCUUGAGCGAGCGAGCCAGCAUGACGCUGGAACUGGCCAUGCUGACCAUCAUGCAGUCCGAGGUCAAUAUCAUGGUCACACCGCCUGAAGUCAGGAAACCUGUGCAAGAGGAUGGCGUUUGGCAUGAGGUGGCAGCCGAGUGCAAGAUUGAUCUUGUCUCCUUCACUAUCACCUUCUACGCUCACAAGCCGCACCGCAAAUUCGCGCCGAUCCGCUACAGGAACGUGGCAGUAACGCUGGUGAAGCCAGCUCAUCAGAAAGAGCUAGCACAGAGUAUUCUGCCCAAGCUGCAGCUUCCCAACCUCGCUCUGCAGGUAUUACAGAGCUACGCGACGGCGUUCCGUUCCCGUCGCACCACACUGCUGGAGUUGGCCGAGAGAUACGCCGACAAACUCAAAAUGCAGGCGAUGCCGGAAGGCGGGUACCGCGUUCGAUUCCUGGACCUUCUCCAAGUGGAUUGGACCUUAGAGAACCUGUGGUCCCCCAUCGUCCCCUUCUGCCACCGUAUGAAGUUUGAAGUGGAGUACAUGCCCAAAGACUACAUCAGCGCCAUCGGCAAGCUCUACAAGCAGUUCAAGGACCCCACAUUAGAGACCUCUGAACGGACCUCCAUACUGUCCAAGAUCUGCGACAUAUGUCUACAAGCCGCCGGACCGGCCAGGGAGAUGCAGGAGAGCUUCGAGUCAGACCCUGAAACCGCUGGCCGCCUUCACGAGCGUCGCACAACAAUCGAUCAAGAACCGGACGUGCCUAACGUGGAACAGUCGCCGAAAAAGCCUUCCGGCAAAGAGAAUAAGCCCCAAAAUCGCAAAACAGACAUGGCGCCUCCUAAAACAAUUCCUAAGAAAGCUAAGAAGAGUAAACCUACUAAUACGGAUGACAGUCGGAGAAGCGUUAAAAGAGCUAUUGAGAGUGAGAAUAGAAAUGAUGCUAAAAAAUCAAGAAAUGAUGAUGUUAAUAAUAGCAAUAGUAAAGCUGGGUUAAAAGGUGGUAGCUCUAUUCAAGAAAAAGCUGAAAUAGGACAUGUUAGUUCAAAAGUUCAAAAAAGAAAUGACACACAACUCAAUACACAGAAAGAUGUUUUGGAAAAUGGACAGAAAAAAAAUUCGGGUAAAACGACGACGAAAAUCGUGAAAGAAACUGCUAAAGAUACAGUUGAUCCUGUAAGUGAUGCCGGGAAAAAGGGAGAUGGCAAGAUUAUUAAGUCUAAAUCUUCAAGUAACGCCGAAGUUCGUAGUAAAAAUACCAACAACAAAGAUGAUGGAUCUAAGAAUAGCAGUGAGGCUAAUUCAAAAGCUACCAAGAAAAGUGUUAGUAAUAAUGACAGAAAUGUUAAUUGUAAAGAUACGAAUACAGAAGGUAACGCUGGAGAAUCUGAAAAACAAACUGAAAACACAGCAAAAAUUCAAAAUGAUAAAGCUGUGAGCAAGAAUAUUGCUAAGCAAAAAGAGAAAGCUGUAACAGAGAAGGAUAAUGGAAAUUCGAAGAAAGAUACACAGAAAUCUACAAACGUUAAACCUACUGUUAAAAAUAAGAAUAAGGAAAAUAAUACUGUAAAUUCAACAAAUUCCGAAACUACAACAAAUACUAAGAACGACAAUAAGAAAAUGGGCAGUUCCAAAAAGGAUGAUGCCAAUAUUGGGAAAAAUACUGUCAACUCUAAAGAUAACAAUAAGGAAAACAAUACUGUAAAAACUACAAAUUCAGAAACUAUAACAAAUACUAAGAACGACAAUAAGAAAGUGGGCAGUUACAAUAAGGAUGAUGCUAAUAUUGGGAAUACAAACCGCGUAACGAAUCAAACAGAAGAUGUGAACUCAAAAGUGAAAAAUCCUGUAAAUCAUGUUGGUAUUUCUAAAAAGGCUACAUAUACUAAGGACGAUAAUACAGAAGAAAAUAUAACUAAUAAGAAAAAUGUUAAUGAUACGGAAACUGUUAGUAGAGUAAGCUCUAAAUCAGCGGUACCGGGAAAAGAUAAACCAGCACCAAGAAACUACAAAGCUAUUGAAGAAAAUGGAGUUUCUAAGAAGGUUACUAAAACCGCUGAUAAAGAUACAAAAGAGGGUGCCGUAGGUAAGACAGGAUCAGACAAAACUACAACUAAUGUCAUCAAAAAAUCUAAAGACAACACAACAAAGCCAAAAGAUGUGAAAAGUGAUGCCAAUAACAAACUUGUUAGGAAAGGAAAUAAUGACAAAAAUACAAAAGUAUCUGGUGAAGUUUCUGAUAACGGCAAAGUUGUUAAAGAAAAGCAGAGGGAAAGUGUUAAAAUUACUACUAAAAGUGACACAGAAAAAGAAAAGGCUCAAGCGGGAGAGAAAAGAAAAGUUAACCCUAAAAGUACUGAACAGGAAUCUGGUAAUGAUAAUAUAACAGUUGAUAAAACAUUAACAAAAACAGCAAAAAAUGAUCAACAAGUAGAGAAAAAUGAUAACGUUUUAGCUAAGAAAAGAAAAACUACAGAACAAGUAACAAAAAACACGAAAAAUAACAAUGAACAGCCUAAGAAAGCUACAGCCAAUGCAGAAAAAUCUAAAAACAAUCCUAAAGAAACCGUUAAUACAAGAAUUUUAAAAGAAAAAGCAAAUAACAAUGAAAAAUUACAAAAAGCUGUUGGAAAUAACAAAAUUACUCAAAACAAUACAGAUAAAACAAAUAUGCUUAAUGUGACUAUAACUAAAUCAAAAAUCAUACCUAUGUCAAAACUACCAGCAGAAAAACAGAUAAAAUUGGCAGAUAAGUUGAAAACUAAGAUACCAAUGAUGAAAAACAAAAUGACGUUUUCCUCACUAAGUAACAAACUAGGAAUGAAUGCAGGGAAAAAUAGUAACGGCGUGGAAAGACCGAAGAUUCCACAGAAGAGUUUGCCGGUUUUCAAGAAACUGGCUAACAAUCUGCCCACUAGAUUUAGCCCAAGAAAACUGCCAACCUUUAAGCCGUCAUCCAAAGGGUUUGCGAACAAGUGAAGAAGAAGUCAGAGACGUUUUGACGUCAUUAACAACGGCCGAAAGUGUAAAUAAACCAAUUGAU